CGCCCAAGCCUCCAAGUCCAAAGCCCGCUUCCUCGCCUCCGCCGGUCGGUUUCCUCCUCCUGUGCCGCACCGCCCGCCGGUUUCCCUGAAACGCCUCGCAGUCGCCAGCGAAGACUUCUUUACAGCAGCGUCCGUCCCGGCCGGGAGGUGGUCAUCAUCCACUGGACGCCACCGUUGCGGAGGUCUUAGGCUACGACACGCGCCAAGGCUCCGGGGUCUCAGGAGAAGACUCGAGAGAGGAGGAAGGGAACAAAAUGGGUGGUGGCGCGGUCGUCGACAAGUGCGGCACGUGGUGCGAGCUCUGCGGGGGCGCCGCCACCGUGCACUGCGCUGCGGACUCGGCGUUCCUCUGCCUGCGCUGCGACGCCAAGGUGCACGGCGCCAACUUCCUCGCGUCCAGGCACUUCCGCCGCCGCCUCGGCGCGGCCGCGGACGACGCGUCUCAGUCCGAGGCGUCGUCCGCGUCGAGUAGUUCUUGUGUGUCCACUGCCGACUCCGCGGAGUCGACUGCUGCGGCGCCAGCGCCGGCAACGGCCGAGGCGGCUGGGAGGGGGCUCAAGCGACGGGCGCGCGCGGAGGCCGUGCUCGAGGGGUGGGCCAAGCGGAUGGGCUUCGCGGCCGGUGCUGCGCGCCGGCGUGCGGCCGCGGCCGCUAUCGCGCUCCGGGCGCUGGGCCGGGGCGUCGCCGCGGCGCGCGUCCCGCUCCGCGUCGCGAUGGCUGCCGCGCUCUGGACGGAAAUCACCUCCACCGCCGCCGUCUCCGGCGGGGAUGCCACGCUGCUCCGGCGGCUGGAGGCCACCGCGCACGUGCCGGCGAGGUUGGUCCUCACCGUGGCGUCGUGGAUGGCGCGCGCCUCGAGCCGGCCGUCCUCCGACGACGCCGAGGAGGGCUGGGGUGAGUGCUCCUGAUCCGGGCCCACGGCCGGUCCGGGUCCACUGCUCAUCCAUUGCUGUACACGAGCUGAACCAGUACCACCAAGCCUGAGAUAGAAUGCAACAUGUGGGCAACGUUUGCUUGUUCUUUUCCUCCAUAAUUAAGCGAUUAAUUAGCUGCGAGUGGCCAAAGAUGGUUCUGGUUAGGAAGGCCAAGAGAAGUCCAAAUGGAUGGUAGCCAGUGUAAGGUGGUGGCUGCACAAGUCUCUUCUGAUUAACUAUAGGUGAUUGGGUUUAGACUCAUGUGAUAUGAAAUGAUGUAUGUUGUGGGGCAAGGCAACGAAAUGGUUGGAUAUUUUCUUUUAUUA